AUGGCGACCCUCGUCUCUCUUGCACGCGCCGGCGCCGACGAGGGAAGAAGGCGCGGAGAGAGUCGGGGAGACAGAGGAACCCCUGGAGGCGGUUGCAGCCCGGCUCUGCGCUCGGCGACGGCGGAGACAACGGAACGGCGUCGCCCCGAGGUGCACGUACGGAGGAAGCUUCCCGCAGAGGAACAUGGGGAAAGCGACGACACGAAGAACUGGAGACGGCAUCGGGUGUCAGCUCUCACCCCACACGAGGGUGAACAGUGGAACGGACGCGAUGGACACGUUGCACCCUAA